CAUAGCAAAUCCCCUGCUGCAACCCUCCCAAAGAAGCAAGCCCACCGGCUUCAGAGGACGGCCUAAUUAUCCGCCGUGCUCGGAUUGUCAUCGAGUUAACCACAGCUCUUUUGCGAGGUUUCGCUAGGACACCUGCUACUUCAGGAUCCAGUUUGAAUCGUCAGUUCGUAAGCACUAGCAAGGGCGGUGCCCACGCCAAGGAAUACAAGCUUCUCAAGCUUUUGAGCUCUCAGACCAGCCAAGCUGCCAAGAUAAAUAUGUCAACCACGGCACAGCUGUGCUGCUGUCAGUAUGGUGCUGUUCAGGUAACGUUGGUUCUUUAGACUUUAGACGAAGCUCGUGAUUUGGAGUCCAAGGGUAUUUUCAUUGCACGCCGCCUGCCUCGAACAAAACCCAUAUUUCGAAAGAGAAGAAAACUUGAACAUGGUCGACAGAGAAGCUGGCACACAGACUGGGCCCGGACCUCGGUCGCAGUGGCGGAGCUCCAAGCUGCGUGACAGUUGCCAGGCCUGUGCCGUGUCCAAGGUCAAGUGCCCUAAGCAGAAGCCGGCAUGCUCGAGGUGCGAAAGCCGUAACAUUGCAUGCGAGUACUUCUUCACGAAGCGCCCAGGACGGAGGCGCGAGAACAGUACGGCCGGCCAGAAAACGACGGCCUCGUCCGGCCCCGCCACGCCCGAGCCCAUCUCCGGGCCCGCGUCCAACACCGAGCUUGACGGCAGCUGGACCCGGUAUGCUGAUACAAUCCAUGCCCUGCAACCGAUUCCGAGACCCUACUUCCUGCCCGGGAUCACAACACCACCGGGCGAUGGGCCGCCCAGCCUCCGCAUCCCGGCCUCACCCAGAAUAGCGGAGAACAUGUCUGCAACCAACGGCUCAGAACUGUUUUCGGUGCUUGCGAACAUGAAUGCAACCGCGCUCAGCCUGGCAUAUUUCUCGUCUGACGUCAGCGACAUGGACUUUAUCACAUCGGGCAUGGAAUCCCCCCCUGAGCUGUCCAUGCAGGACGUCAGCGACAGCAGCAGCAGCAGCAACACCCAGUCGCAGAUCGAUGUUGCCUCGCUUCUCAUGCCGGUCGGAAAUGACACCCACGCCUCGGACUCUUCUGCUGCCUCAGAAUCAUCAUCCUCGUCGGCAGCUGAUCUCCUAAACGCAGCAUCCGGUGCAACCCCACCUCCAUCCAACAUAACCCAACGUCCUACGGGUGGGCCGCUCACUAUUGACACCCCGACACCGCCGCCAUCGUGUGGCUGCUUGGCUCGGGCACUAGAUCUGCUCAAGACGCUUUCGUCGACCAACAAUCCCAAUUCCCCUGCUAGCGCCACGCUUGUGGGCUCCGAUGCCACUGUUCGGGUCAGCGACCCGGUACAGACUCGGACUGUGCUCCAGAAGAACAAACAAGGCAUCGAAGCGGUUGAAGGCAUGCUUGCAUGCUCCUCGUGCACCCAUGACAGCUUCUUGCUCACCGUCCUGGCGACGGCGGUCCUCAAGAUUCUUGAGCUCUACUCAGCCGCCGCUUCAAGCCCCCCGCCGCAUCCCGGUGUGGAGCCAGAGGCGGAUGACAAGACAACCAGACAGGCCAAGCUCGUCCUCAGCGAGCUGCACCGCGCCCAGAGGGUGGUGAAUAAGCUGUCACCCAAGCUCAAGGCGCCGCCUUCUCCCGAAAGGUCCAUGCCAAAACAUGGUGGAUCAGGAAGCCGAUGGCCGGUGAUCGGGGAGCCAUUGCCGGCCUCGGGGUUGCAGACUAUUUCGCCGUUCUCGGUUGGGACAUUGGAAAUGGUUGCGAACGACGUGCGGAACUGCCUGGGGACGCUGUCAGCUGAGCUCAUCAAUAACCUUCGGCAGAUCUGAUACAUGGUACUCGCAGCAGGUUGGCGUUGUUGGCUUGUUAGAGCAUGUAUGUGUCACCGAUGUCAAUUGAUUGAGAACGACCCUGGCUGUGAAAUCUUCAGGGUUUCACUUUGUGGGAAUGUCACGGUUUUUGUGUAUCCUGUAUGUACUGUACUCCACAU